CGUCCAUUGGUACUUCCGUUGCGUCCGUGCGACGCUAGUCGGCGGCACGAGUUGACGUUGUAAAGGGAUCUCGAAAAUCCGCUGCGUUAACGUUAAACGGUUUUAUUUGCCCUUCUCUGUUAUAUUCGAAAAGCGUUCCCGUUUUGUACGCGAUUUAAGGGUUUCAAAAAAACUGUUCUGUCGCCCUCGAAGAGAUUGCGACGUUGCCGGUUUCGUCGACGCGUUCUUCGGGCGGCACGAGCUGGCAUCGGACACCUGUUGAACGAUGAGAAAGUUGAAACGCGUCGGGGAGAUUCAGUUCGAAACCGGAGGCUUUCGGUCGUAAAACGAAGCGACGCGAUCUUAUGCGCGCCGCGUCCGUGUGUCUUUCGCGUGUUGUUUGUGCGUGCAGUUUUUUGAAGUGUCGUUUCGCUCGGAUUUUAGGGACGGUAUACGGCUGCCGCAGUCGCCCGCUCAAGAGCUGGUCACUUGCAUUAUGAAACCAGCGAGAGCGCGUCGUUUCAAAGGAGAACCAACAUGAGUCAACGGGAUGAGGUGCAGAAGUUCGAGCAGGGACGCAUCAAGGUCCUCCAGGAGGAACGCCUCUACAUACAGAAGAAAACCUUCACGAAAUGGAUGAACUCGUUCCUGCAAAAGGCCCGGAUGGAGGUGGAGGACCUGUUCCAAGACUUGGCGGACGGCCGUAAGCUGCUCAAGCUGCUCGAGAUCAUAUCGGGUGAGAAGCUCGCCAAGCCGAACAACGGCAAAAUGCGGGUCCACAAGAUCGAGAACGUCAACAAGAGCCUCGCGUUCCUCCACACGAAAGUGAGGCUCGAGAGCAUAGGCGCCGAGGACAUCGUCGACGGCAACCCCCGCCUGAUCCUCGGCCUGAUAUGGACGAUAAUCCUGAGGUUCCAGAUCCAGGAAAUCGAAAUCCACCUGGACGAGGACAACGAGAGCUCGGAGAAGAGGUCGGCGAAGGACGCGUUGCUGCUGUGGGCGCAGCGCAAAACCAACGGAUACGCGGGCGUCAACAUCGUCGACUUUUCCGGCUCGUGGAGGAGCGGGCUCGGCUUCAACGCGCUGAUCCACGCCCACCGUCCCGACCUAUUCGACUACGACGCCCUCGUCAGCCGCAAGAACCUCGACAAUUUGAACCACGCGUUCGACGUCGCGAGCAACGAGCUCGGCAUCUCGAAGCUGCUCGACGCCGAGGACAUCGACACCUCGCGUCCCGACGAGAAGAGCAUCAUCACGUACGUCGCGUCUUAUUACCACACGUUCGCGCGGAUGAAAAACGAGGAAAAGUCCGGCCGGAGGAUCGCCAAGAUCGUCAGCCAAAUGGUGGACGCGGACAAGAUGAAAAUCAGCUACGACAAGUUUGUCACCGACUUACUGGAGUGGAUAAAAACGAAAAUCGGGCAGCUGGAGGACCGGCAGUUUCCCAACUCGCUGGAGGGCAUCCAGACGCUGCUGCUCGCCUUCGGCCAUUACCGCACGCGGGAGAAGCCGCCCAAAUACAAGGAGAGGAGCGAGAUCGAGGCGCUGUACUUCAACAUCAACACGCAGCUGAAAGAGCUGAGGCAGCCCGCGUUCACCCCGCCCGACGGCAAGCUGGUGCAGGACGUCGAGAGGGCGUGGGACGUAUUGGAAAAGGAGGAGCACCGCAGGGAGGGCGCGCUCCGCGACGAGCUCCUCCGCCAGCAGAAGCUCGAGCAGCUCAACUAUAAGUUCGAGAAGAAGAGCAUCCUGAGGGAGAGCUACCUGAAGGAGAUGAUCCAGGUGUUGUCGGACCCGAGGUACGGCUCCAAUCUGGCACAGGUGGACGCGACCGUUAGGAAACACGAGGCGAUCAGCGCGGACAUCUUGGCGCGCGAGGGCAGGAUCCACGACCUCACCCAGAUGUGCGAGGACCUCGUACGCGAAAAGUACCGCAACUCGGAGAGGGUAAGGAGGCGCGAGCGCGACAUUAUCGCCCAGUGGGAGGAGCUGAUCGGCCUCCUCGACAAGCACAAGACCAAUUUGACGAGGAUGGGCGCGGUGAUGGCGAUCCUGAGAGAGAUAGAGACGACGCUGUCGAGCGUCGAGCAGCUGCGUAUCGACCUUUCGUCGUCAGACACCGGCAUCCACUUGAUGGCGGUCGAAGACCUGCUGCAGCGCCACGCGCUCCAAGAGCUCCAGAUCACGUCGCUCGGCGAGACGGAGCGCAAACUGACGCGGUCCGGCGAGCAGGUGGCCGCCAACAACCCGAAAGAGGCGGACGUGCUCAAGGAUCGGCUGCGCGAGCUGGCGCGUGCUUACGCGCACCUCAAAGAAGCCGCGAUCGCGAGGAAAACCGCCCUGGAGGAGGCGCGGAACUUUUACCAGUUCCUGCAAGAUCAAGAGGACGAGGAGGCGUGGCUCGUCGAGAAACAGAGGAUAUGUCGGGCGGGGAUCGCGGCCAAGGACCUGAGGGGCGUGGUCGCGCUCCAGCAGAAGCAUAAGGUGCUCGUGGACGAGAUCAAGGCUCGCAGGAACAAGUUCGACCAGUUGGGGGCGGUCGGGCACCAGCUCACUGCCGAGCGCCACCCCCGGUCAGCGGAGAUCGCGCGGCACCUCGAGCGCAACGAGAAGGCGUGGCAGACGUUGGAGGAGAUGGCGGCGGAACGCGCGAAGCAGCUCCAGGACGCGGUCGAGGCGUACCAGUUUUACGCGGACGCGAACGAGGCCGAGUCGUGGUUCCUCGAGAAAGAGUCGAUCUUGUCCUCGAAGGAUUUGGGCGGGGACGAGCCGAGCGCGCAGUCGCUGCUCCAGAGGCACAAGGACCUCGAGAGCGAACUGCUCGCCUACGGCGGCGACAUCCAGAGUCUCAACGCGCAGGCGGAGCGCCUCAUCGAGCGCGGCAUCUCGCACCUCGACCUCAACGUCGACGCCGACGCGGUCGACUCGCUCCCGGAGAUCGAGUACGAGUACAGGAUGGUGGCGACCGAGGUGUAUGAAGACGAGCCCGUCGAAAAGGUCGAGUACCGCAACGCGGUGGAGGAACGUAAGGUGCCCCAGGUGAGGGCGCUGUACCCGUUCAGCGACCACGGCCUGACGAUGAUCAAGGGCGAGGUGAUGUUCCUCUUGAACAAGAGCAACCCCGAUUGGUGGUGCGUGCGCAAGGCGGACGGCACGGACGCGUUCGCGCCCGCCAAUUACGUGGUGGAAAUCGAGCCGCGCGUCAUCCAGAUCAACGUGCGCAAACCGGAAACGGUGAAGACAGUGCAAAAGGUGAAGAAGACGAAGAUGGUGAAGACGAAGGUGCCGGCGAAGGUGCGCCGACCGAUGCGACCCGCCAAGAAGAAGACGGACGACGGCGACAGCAUCCCGAGGCGCAUCGAGAAGAUCAACGAGACGUACGCGAGGCUGAAGGGCGUGGCGGCGACGAGGAGGGCGCUGCUCGAGGACGCGCGCCGGCUGUUCCGCUUCUACAAGGAGUGCGACGACUUCGAGAGAUGGAUCGGGGACAAGGAGAGGAUGCUGGCGGUGGACGACCCCGACGACAGCGUGCUCCAGGCGAAGAGGAAAUACGAAAAGUUCCUCACCGAUUUGUCGGCGAGCACCAAGCGCGUGGAGGAGCUCGAGGCGGAGGCGGGCGAGUUCGAAGCACAGAACCACGCGCAGAUCGACAAGAUAAGGGCGCGCCUCCGCCAAAUCCGCCUCGGCUGGCAGAAGCUCAACCGGCUCAAGGCGUCGAAGGAGAAGAGCCUCGAGGGCGCGAGCAGCGUGGAGCUGUACAACAAACUGUGCGAGGAGGCGCGCGACUGGAUGCUCGAAAAGAUGACGCAGCUCGAGUCGAACGUGAUCGGCCACGACCUGAAGACGGUGCAGGCGUUGCGGCGGCGCCACGACAACCUGGAACGCGAACUCGCGCCCGUCGAGGAGAAGGUGUCCAAGGUGACGCUGCUCGCGAACGACGUGCAGGCGACUUAUCCGAGCGAGCGACUCAACGUGUCCCGGAAGCAACGCGAGAUCGACGAGCUGUGGCAGAAAGUGAGACAGAAGGCGGUCGAGAGGCGGGCGCGCCUCGAGGACGCCGUCGGCCUGCAGAUCUUCACCGACGGCGCGCGCGAGCUGCUCAAGUGGGUCGCCAGCGUCAAGGACAAGCUGAACGCCGAGAACGUUGUCAGGGACGUGCAGACCGCCGAGGGUCUGAUCAAGGAGCACGGCGACAUGCGGGGCGAGAUCGGCGCCAAAGAAGACGAGUUCCGGCAGCUCGCCGAGCUCGGCGAGAAGCUGCUCGAGACGAACCCGGAGCUGCGCGAGGUGCGCGACCUCGUCGACAGGCUCGACGCCGAGCAGGCGGCCAUCGCCAGAGGGUGGAAGGAAAAGGACCGGUGGCUGGACCAGUGCCUGCAACUGCAGCUGUUCAUCAAAGAGGCGGACAACAUCGACGCCAUCACUUCCGCGCACGCCGCGUUCCUCGAGUACUCGGACGUCGGGAACUCGCUGGACGAAGUGGAGGCCCUCCAGAAGCAGCACCGCGCGUUCGACGACACGCUCUCCGCGCAAGACGAGCGGCUCGCCGCCCUCGCCAAGAGGGCGGACGCGUUGAUCGCGAGCGGUCACUACGAGAGCGCCGGCAUCGCCGAGAGGCGGGACCGCGUGCUGGCGCGGCGCCAGAAUGUCAAAGAGCUGAGCCGGAAGCGGGCGAACGCGUUGGACGCGUCCAAAAACUACCAAGAGUUCACCGCGGAGGUGCACGACCUCCGCUACUGGCUGGCCGAAAAGUGCAGGACCGCCUCCGACGAGAGUUACCGCGACCUCAACAACCUCGAGCGGAACCAGCAGAAGCACGAGGCGUUCGAGCGGGAACUGAGGGCGAACGAGGGUCAGCUGCGCGCCGUCACCAAGCUCGGGUCCGCGCUGAUCGCCCAGGGCGUCGUCCAGAAGGACGACGUUGCUAGGAUCUUGAGUCAGCUGAACGACAACUGGAAGAGCCUGGUGGGCAACUCUCUGGGCAAGACGCGCAAACUGAAGCAGGCGGCCGUGCAGCAGGAGUACAACGCGGCCGUCGACGACGUCAAGAUCAAGUUCGACGAGAUCGAUACUAGUCUGAGAAGCGUCAACGUCGGCACCGACCUGCGCUCGUGUCGGGAGCUCCUCAAGAGACACGAGGCGCUCGAGAAGGAGCUGCGGCAGUGCUCCGCGAGGGUCGAGGACCUCGCAGGCAGGAGCCGUGACCUCGGCGAGGAGGGACACUUCGACUCGGAGACCAUCCGCGAGAACGCGCUGGCGUCGCAGCGGAGACUGAAGGAGCUCGACGAGCCUAUCCGGCAGAGGCGGGCCGCGCUAGAAGAGGCGCUCGAGUUUUACAAGUUCCGCUUCGAGAUCGACCUGGAGCUGCAGUGGAUCGGGGAGCGUCUGCCGCUGGCGGCGUCAGAGAACUUGGCUCAGAACCUGCACCAAGCCCAGAAUUUACACAAGAAGAACAAGAAGCUGCGCGCCGAGAUCCUCGGACAUCGGCCGGUGAUCGACAAGGCGCUCGAGCAGGGCGGCGCGUUACUGAACAGGAACCACCCGGACGGGCAGCUGAUCAGGCGGCUGUGUGACGAGCUGCGCGCCGCUUGGGCCGACCUGAACGAUCGCGCGCAGAAACGCGGCGAAAAGCUCGAGCUAUCGCUCAAGGUGCAGCAGUACGUGUUCGAGGCGAACGAGGUAGAGUCGUGGCUGAACGAGAAGGCCGACGUACUGGCGGGCAACGAUUUCGGCAGGGACAGGGACUCCGCGACCAAGCUGUUGACGAAACACAAGGCGCUCGAGCUGGAGCUCGACACCUACCACAACAUCAUAUCAGAGAUGGGCCACGGCGCCCAGGCCAUGAUCAAGCUCGAGCAUCCCGACUCGAAGCUCAUCUCCGAGCGGCAGUCGAGCUUGGAGCACCUGGUGCGCUCGCUGCAGAGGAAGGCUGCCGUCAGGCAGCACCGCCUCAUCGAGUCGCUGUUGCGCCACGAGUACUUUGCCGAGUCCGAGGAACUGGAGCGGUGGAUCUCGGAGAACCUGCAGCUCGCCUCGUCGUCGGACUACGGCCGGGACUACGAGCACCUGCUGCUACUCAAGAGCAAGUUCGACGACCUGAAACACAACGUCGAGACCGGGACGGAAAGGUACAACCAGUGCGAGGCGCUGGCCCAAAAACUGCUCGCCAACGAUAGCCCUUACGCCGUCGACAUCCAAAACAAACAACACCAGCUCGAAACCGACCCACGUCCCUCGCACGUCCCCCAGGAGGUGGAAGAACGGCGUCGACACGUCAGGCACGCGUGGGAAAACCUCCGCGAGCAGCUCAAGAAGCGAGAGGAACGUCUCAAUAGCGCCGGCGAGGUGCACCGCUUCCAUCGCGACGUCACCGACGCCCUCCAGCGGAUCCAAGCGAAGGACGCGGCCCUCGGCACCGAUCUGGGUCGCGACCUCAAUUCCGCCGUCGCCCUGCUGCGCAAACACGAGGCGUUCGAGAACGAGCUGGUCGUGUUGGAGGCGCAGCUGCAGUUGUUGGUCGAGGACGCGUCCAAGCUGCACGCCGCCUAUCCCAGCAACAAGAACAACAUCCGGCAGCAGCAGACGCUCGUGGUGGACGCGUGGAACGGCCUCAAGGAGAGAGCGGACCUGCGCAAGGACCAACUCCAAGCGAGCGUCGACCUCCAAAGGUUCCUCGCGCAGGUGCGCGACCUCACCAACUGGGCGACCAGCCUGAGGCUGUCGAUGGGGGCGGAGCAGAGCGUGAGGAACGCGGCGCGCGCCCAACUCCUCAAAACCGAACACGAAGCGCUCAAGGGCGAGAUCGAGGCGCGGGAGGCAGACUUCCGGGACGUCGCCGACAAUCUGGCCGCGAUGGAGCAGACCGGCCAUUACGCGGCCACGGAGGCCGUCGACAGGUACCGGAACCUGAUCGAGGAGCGGGAACGCCUCCACACCGCGUGGCAACUGAAAAAGGUGCACCUGGACCAGCUGUGCGACCUGCACAUAUUCCUCAGGGAGGCGCGCCUAAUCGAGGACGCGACCAACGCGCAAGAGGUGACGCUGAGCAACGCGGACUUCGGCGAGACCGUCGACGAGGUCAACAACCAGCUGAAACGGCAUGAGGCGUUCGAGAAGCUGGUCGCGAUCCAGGACAAGAACCUCGAAAGCCUGAUCCAUUCGGGCGAUAAGCUCGUCGCACAGAACCACUUCGAGAGCGCCAAGAUCGGCCAAGUCCUCGAGCAGGUGCGCGCGAAACGGGACGCGGUCCAUCGACUCUGCGACGCGAAACGCGAGGCGCUCCGCGACGCGGUCCUCUACGCCGAGUUCAACCGGGACGUGGGGGAGACGAUGGUGUGGAUCGCCGAAAAGCAGAAGAAACUCGAGUUCGAGGGCAGGAUGGCCGACGAUAUCGGCCUCGAGGAGAAGAUCAAAAAGCUGCAGCGGCACCAGGCGUUCCACGCCGAGGUGACCGCGAACGUCGGCCGCAUCGAGGAAAUCAAAACGGUGGGCCGCGAGCUCGUACGCAAGGGCCACCACGCGUCCGACGACGUCGGGGGCAAGCUCGCUCAGUUGGACAGCGCGUGGAGCCGGUUCCUGGCGGAGACGAAGCUGAGAGGCCGCGGCCUCGAGGAGGCCCAAGACAUUCUCGAGUUCAACAGUCUGCUCGACAAGAUCGAGGCGUGGAUCCGGGAGAAGGAGGUGAUGAUCCACUCGGGCGACACGGGCCGCGACUACGAGCACUGCCAGCUACUGCUGCGCAAGCUCGACGACGUCGGCAGCGACAUGCGCGUCGACGACGCGAGGAUACGCAACGUCAACGCGCUGGCCGAGAAACUGGCCCGGCAGGGUCACGAGGGAGCGGUCGAACGCAGGGACCACUUCGUGGCCAAGUGGCAAUCGCUGCAGGGCGCGUUGAGCGGCUACAAAGCGAAGCUGAGCGCCGCUCUGGAGGUGCACCUCUUCGACAGGGACGUCGCGGACACCCUCGAGCGCAUCCAGGAGAAGUACGUAGCGAUGGACGGGGACGACGCGGGCAGGGGCGUGGCCGCGGUCGAGAGCCUCGUCCGUCGCCAGGAGGCGCUCGAGAUUGAAAUCAAGGCGAUCGAGGACAAGGUCCGCGUCCACGAGGAAGACGCGCGCGCCCUUCGAGCCGAGCACCGAGACGGCGAGGACCACGUGAACGCGAAGCUCCGCCUCCUCGCCGACCAUCUCGACAAACUCGACAAGGCGAAACGGAGACGCAGGGAGGCGCUCGAGAGGGCGUACUUGCGAGAAAAGUUCCUCGCGGAGAGCGAGGACCUCGAGCUGUGGGUGUCGGACACGGUGAAACGGAUGGAAGCGACGGGCAAACCGAACAGCGUCGCCGAGGCGGAAGCGCACCUCGAGCUCCACAACGAGCUGCGUGCGGAGAUAAACGGACGUCGGCAGCUGUUCCGGGAUUCGAUCCGCGCGGGAGAAACGUUCGCGGAGAAAGACAACCCCGCCGUCGUGGAGAGCGUGGGCAGACUGCGCGAGCUCGAGCGGGCCAUCGACGAGGCGUGGGAGCGACGAAAGGAGCAACUGGCACGCGAAUACUCGAUCCAGGACUUUAAGGAGCAAGCGAACCAGAUCAACAACUGGCUCGCGACGAAGGAGGCGUUCCUGAACAACGACGACGUGGGCGACACGCCGCGCGCGGUCGACAAGCUGCUGCGCAAACACCAGGACUUCGAGAACUUGCUGGAGAGGCAGCUGUUGCGCAUCGGUGAGCUCGAGGUGGCGGCCGCGAAGAUUGCGGAAAGCGCCGAGGUGAGCAACAGGCUGAAGGCGAUCGCGGCUCGCAAGGAGCGGCUGCUCGAGCGGUGCCGCGAGCGGAAGGACGUGCUCGACAAGUCCAAGGCGCUGCAGCGCUUCUUGCGCGACGUCAACGACGUCGAGAUCUGGCUGAACCAGAAGCUCGCGGUGGCCGGCGACGAGAGCUACCGCGACCCCACCAACCUGCAGAACAAGAUCCAGAAGCACGCCACCUUCGAGGCGGAAGUGAUGGCUAGCAGCGAGCGACUGCAAAGCGUCGUCGAGGAGGGCAAAGAGCUGAUCGCCGCCGAUCACUACGCCGCGAAAGAGAUCGGCGUCAGACUGGACGAGUUGGAGAACGACUGGAAACACCUGAUGGAGACGUCCCACUUGAAACGGGACCGCCUCAACGAGGCCUAUCAGGCGCUGCUGUUCACCAGGUCGCUGGAGGAGUUCGACGCGUGGCUGAGCGAGGUCGAGCUGCAGGCGCGAUCGACGGAGACGGGCAGAGAUUCGGCGACGGCCGCCAAUCUGCUGAAGAGACACGCGGCCCUCGAGAACGACGUGCUGCAGCACACGGAAAACUGCGAGCAAAUCGACGACGGCGCCGAGCAGUUCGUCAAGAGCGAGCACUUUAUGAGCGAGGAGAUCAAGGCGGAAGCUGAAGACGUCGUCACGCGGUUCCACCAACUCGCGGAGCCGCUCCAGGCGAGGAGGGACCUGCUCGAGUCGGCCGCGAUGCUGCUCCAGUUCACCAGGGACGUGGACGACGAGAUCCGCUGGUUGUCGGAGAGGGAGGCGAGCGCCGCGUCGCCCGACCUCGGAGCGAACCUCUCCGAGGUGCGGAGCCUCCACAAGAAACACCAGUCGCUCGAGGCGGAGCUCGCCUCCAGGGAGCCGAUCGUCUCCGGUUUGGUGUCGCGCGCCAAUAAUCUGAUCGGGGCCAAUCAUCCGUCGGCGGACGCGAUCAAGGACAAAGCGAACCAGGUCAGGACGCACUUGGCGCAGGUGCGCGACCUCGCCAGCGUCAGGAAGCUGCGUCUGCAGGACGCGCUCGAGGCCCACACGUUCUAUCAAGAGGCGGCGGAGGCGUCCGCGUGGAUCCAGGAGCGCAGACCUUUCCUGGCGACGAGGGAGGUGGGCCAGGACGAGGACGGGGCGCACUCGUUGCAGCGGAAGCUGGAGGCCUUGACCGCGGAGGUGAAGAAUUUCCAGCCCACCGUGGACCGACUGAAACGCGUCGCGGACGGCUUCAUCGAACGCGAGCACUUCGAUUCGGCCAACGUGGCCGAGCGGAAGAACCGCCUGGAGGACGAGUUCGACGACGUCCGCAAGCUGAUAUCGGAACGGGAAGUGAGGCUGAGCGAAGCCCUCCAGUAUUUUGGGUUCGUCCGCGAGUGCAACGAGGUGCAGGAGUGGAUGCGCGACCAGGUCAACAGGACCGACUCGGACGAGUACGGCAACGAUCUCGAGCACGUGGAGCUGCUCAUCCAGCAAUUCGACACGUUCCACGCGAGCCUCCUCAACAGCGAGCCGCGCAUCGUCCAGUGCAUCGAGAACGGCUACGCCAUCAUCGACUCCAAGAGCGGCUACAGCGGCGACGUGCAGCAAAAGGUCACCGAGCUGAAGAACGCGUGGGACGACCUCUUGGAGUUGGCGAACGCGAGGCGCGAGGCCCUAGCGGGCGCCAAACAGGUCCACCUGUUCGACCGCACCGCGGAGGAGACGACCUCGUGGAUCCAGGAGAAGGAGUCGGACCUCAUCUACGGCUCGUACGUCCAGGACUCGGAAGCGGUCGAACAACUGACGAGGAAGCACCAGGCUCUCGAGACGGAAAUGAAGGCUAUCAAGGACAAGGUCGAUUACAUCGAGCUGGAGGGCGACCGACUCGUGGCGGAGUUCCCCGACACCAAGGAGCACGUCGACGACAAACGGGACGACACUUUGGCCGCGUGGGAGGACCUCAAGCUCAAAGUGGAACGGCAGAAGGACUACCUGCAGCAGAGUGAGCUGCUGCAGUCGUACUUUGACGAGUACCAGGAUUUGCUGGCGUGGAUCAACGAGACGCUGGCCAAGAUCACGGCUCCCGACCUGCCCCAGGACUGCUCCGAGGCGGAGCUGUUGAUUGAGCGACACAAAGAGUACAAGACGGAGAUCGACGGCCACGUGGCCAUCUUCGCCAAGUUCUACGAGGACGGUAGGCAGUUCAUGGACCGCGGCCACUACCUCACCCAGGACAUCGAGGACAAGAUCACGAUCCUACGGCAGCGGAUGGAACUGCUGGCGAACACGUGGGGCCAGCGGAGCGUCAUCUACGAGCAGAACCUCGACGUACAGCUGUUCAAGCGGGAGGCGAACGCGCUGGAGAAUUGGCUCGCGGUACGUGAGGGAGUCCUGCGGGACGACAAGGUCGGCGAGACGAUCGCCCACGUGGAGGAGUUGAUCAGGAAGCAUCGCGACUUCGAGGAAGCCGUGAAGGCGCAAGAAGACAAGUUCGAGGCGCUGAAGCGGAUGACGUUGCUCGAGGAGGCGUUCUCGCACCAGCUGAAGCAGGAGGCGCUCGCGCGCAAAGCGGAAAAGGAGCGGCUCGAGCAGGAGAAGAUCGAGCAGAGGAAACGGCAGGAGAUGGCAAGGAUAACGGAGCUGAGGCGGCAAGAGUCUGGCGAGCGGGAGCCGAGGUACGACGAGAGGCAGAACGGGACGGCGGCGCCGCGCGUGGCGCCGCAGCCCGCGUCGCCGCCCCCGACGGCGACGAAGCCCGCGGUGUCGCUAAGGAAGACCAACUCGGUGGCGCAGAUGUUCGAACGCGACCGACUGAGGCGCGGCUCGGAGAGCUCGGUGAAGAGGGCGGAGAGCAUGAAGGUGGGGCCGGCGGUGAAGCCGCCCAAACGGACGCCGUCGUUUACUACCCGCAGGAAGGGCUCUUUCAAGUCGAAAAAUCACGACGUGGUGCUGCCACCGGUGGAGGCUGAGGCGUUCCUCGAACGCAAGCAGAUCCUGCUGCCUGGAGCGAAGCGCGCGUCCAACAGGGCGUGGAAGAACUCGUACACCGUCCUGUGCGGGCAGCUGCUUUGCUUCUUCAAGAACAAGGACGAUUUCGCUGAUAGCAAGGCGAGCGGCGCGCCCCUGAACAUCCACAACGCUUCUUGUACCGUGGCCAACGACUACCAGAAGCGCAGGUACACCUUCAGGCUCGUCGUCACCGACGGCUCCGAGUUUCUCUUCUCCUGCGGCUCUGAGGUCGAGAUGAUGGACUGGGUGAACAAGAUCAGCUUCCGGGCGAGGCUACCGCCCAGCCAGCAGCUGCUCCACUUCGAGAUAGCGAAGGACCCGAACGACGAGAUGAGCUCACAGUCGAGCAGGACUUCGAGUCCGGACGUGGCGGACUCGGUGGUCCUGAGGCACGACCCGCAGGCCACCAACGGCGCUGCGGUCGGCUCGAGUCAGUCCGUCAAUCGGCACACGCUCGGAGGGGAUCCGCCCCCGAGACGAGGUCCCACCCGCGAUUCGGCGGAAAGUCCGCCCCCUCUGCCCACGACGGAACCCCCGCACGCGUACCCUUCGAAACGGUACUCGUUUGAAAACAGCGGACACCUUUACGACGAUUACGGCAGGAGCGGACCGAGGCAGGAUAUCCAGCCGAGGCCACUUUCGAUGAGCGGCCAGGACGCCCCAAAAAUGUCCCACAGGAUCCGGGACCUGUUUGUCCGGAGGAAGCGUAACACUUCCCAGUCCUAAUCGAAGGACGCCCAUUUAUAAUUAUCUUAUUACUUUUAAGAUUGUUAAUGUUGCAAAUUCAUAUAUAUAUAUAUAUAUAUAUAUAUAUAUAUAUAUAUAUAUAUAUAUAUAUAUAUAUAUAUAUAUAUAUAUA